AUCAAACACUUCCCAGUCACCAGAGAUAAUCUCAUCACUUCGCCGUACGACCGUAGAUUCUCUCACCUUCUCUCUUCUCAAGUCUUUCCCUCUCUCUCCGGUCUUCGCAGAUGGCUGUGUUACCAAUCGGCUCUCACUUUGCGCCGCCGCACAAAUUAACAAAGAGACACGCCGUCGCGACAUCACCCCCUAUCUCUCUCUCAACCCGAUUGCCUCAAACUAUCUCCGUUUCAAAACUCUCUGGAAUAACAAACUCGAGGUUGUCUAGACACAGUGUUCUCGUAAGAGCCGAGGAUAAGAUAAGAGUCACCUCUUCUUCUUCUUCUCUAGAAGAACCAUCUCAACCACUCGAUGACCCAGAGCUUGAGGAUUUGCUGGACGGGUCAGGAUCAUGUGACCCUAUUUGUUCGGUGGAUGAACCUAGCUCGAGUUACUUUGAAGCGAAUUAUCAACCAAAGACGGAUAUAGUCAAGGCUGUUGCUAUUCUUGCAGCGGCUCUUACAGGAACAGCUGCUAUUAAUCAUUCUUGGGUCGCUGCUAAUCAGGAUGUGGCUAUGGCGUUGUUGUUUGGAAUAGGGUACGCAGGAAUCAUCUUUGAGGAGUCUUUAGCUUUUAAUAAAAGUGGAGUUGGGCUUCUGAUGGCUGUGAGUCUGUGGGUUGUGAGGAGCAUUGGGGCUCCUUCAACUGAAAUAGCUGUUGCAGAGCUUCAACAUGCAACAGCUGAAGUAAGUGAGAUUGUGUUUUUUAUACUUGGGGCAAUGACCAUUGUGGAGAUUGUUGAUGCUCACCAAGGGUUUAAGCUGGUUACUGACAAUAUAACCACUCGGAAGCCAAGGACGCUUUUAUGGGUGGUCGGCUUUGUGACUUUUUUCCUCAGUUCGAUUUUAGACAACCUGACCUCUACCAUUGUCAUGGUUUCUUUACUCAGGAAACUGGUUCCUCAAUCAGAGUACCGCAAACUUCUAGGAGCUGUUGUGGUAAUAGCAGCCAAUGCAGGAGGAGCAUGGACCCCAAUUGGUGAUGUUACUACAACUAUGUUAUGGAUUCAUGGUCAGAUAUCCACUUUGCCGACUAUGCAGGGCCUUUUCAUACCUUCGGCCAUAUCUCUUGCUGUUCCGCUAGCCCUCAUGUCCUUUAGCAGCGAGGUAAAUGACAAGGGACAGGAUUCUUCAGAUGUAUUAGCUUCUGAAAAGAUGGCUCCAAGAGGGAAGCUAGUGUUUGGAGUUGGCCUCGGAGCAUUGGUUUUUGUUCCAGCCUUUAAGGCUCUAACUGGAUUGCCUCCUUACAUGGGUAUCUUGUUAGGUCUUGGAGUUCUUUGGGUCUUGACAGAUGCCAUCCACUACGGUGAAUCAGAAAGACAAAAGCUCAAAGUACCUCAAGCCUUGUCUAGAAUCGAUACACAAGGCGCUCUGUUUUUCCUUGGCAUUCUUUUAUCCGUUAGCAGCCUUGAAGCAGCUGGGAUCCUCAGGGAGAUUGCAAACUACCUUGAUGCUAAUAUACCAAACGUUGAGCUAAUAGCUAGUGCAAUAGGUGUUGUGUCAGCAAUCAUAGACAAUGUUCCAUUGGUUGCAGCGACUAUGGGGAUGUAUGACCUCACAUCCUUCCCUCAAGAUUCAGAGUUUUGGCAGCUGGUUGCGUUCUGUGCUGGUACUGGUGGUUCUAUGCUUAUCAUUGGUUCUGCUGCUGGUGUAGCCUUCAUGGGGAUGGAGAAAAUUGAUUUCUUUUGGUACUUCCGAAAGGUAAGUGGUUUUGCGUUUGCUGGUUAUGCUGCUGGUAUCGCAGCUUAUUUGGCAGCUCAAAGUCUUCAUUUUUCGAUCCCAACGACGGUGGCUCAGAUCCCAUUUCUCACUGGUUCGUGAGUUGCAUCAUAGUGAAAUCCCUGGCUGGCUGCAAUAAUAAGACAUCAUCACUUCGUCGACAUGCUGCUUUGGAAAAAAACGAAAAAAAAUAAACUAUUUAUUUAUUUCAUAUAUACUCGAUUCUAUCAUUAGUACAGGAUGAAUCAUCCAGUAAGAUUUUAUGCAUUUCGAGGUUUUAUGUGCAUCUUUGAAAGUGUAAGACUAUAGUUUGAGGAAAACAAACUCUUCAAUUGCAGAAAU